AUGCGGGCGAGUGCUCUACUGCUUAUGGCUAUGGGUGUUGGUAUGGCGGUGGCCGAGCCGGGCGAAACACUGGUGCUGCUGGACAAUCUGGCCAUCCGCGAAACCCAUUCGAUCUUCUUUCGCAGCCUGCAGGAACGGGGUUACAAGCUGACCUAUAAGUUGGCCGACGAUGCGGGCUUGGUGCUGUCGAAGUACGGUGAGUUCUUGUACCGCCAUCUCAUCGUGUUUGCCCCGUCCGUCGAGGAGUUUGGUGGUUCGCUGAGCGUCGAGUCUAUUACGGAGUUUAUCGACAACGGAGGCAACGUGCUGGUGGCCGGCAGCAGCGUCACGGGUGAUGCGUUGCGCGAGCUAGCGUCCGAGUGUGGGUUCGAGGUGGACGAGGAGCGGGCAGCAGUCAUCGAUCAUCUGAACUAUGACGUGUCCGACGGUGGGGACCACACAACGAUUGUUGCCACCCCGGAUAACCUGAUCGAUGCCCCGGUCAUCGUCGGAAAGCGAGCCUCGGUAGCGCCGUUGCUCUACCGUGGAACGGGACUGUUGGCCGAUCGUGAAAAUCCGCUCGUCCUGCAGCUACUAACGGCGGACAGUACCGCCUACAGCUACGUUCCAGAUGCCCCGGUCAAAGAGUACCCACAUGCGGUCGGCAAGGGCACUCUGCUGAUAGCGGCCCUCCAGGCCCGAAACAACGCUCGGGUCGUGUUUUCCGGUUCGUUGUUCUUCUUCUCCGACGAAGCGUUCCUCGCCGGUGUGCAGCGGGUGCAGGACGGCAAGCAUCACGCCCGUUCCGGCAACCAGGACGUCGCCAUCGCCAUCAGCCGGUGGGUAUUUGGAGAGAACGGUGUGAUUCGGGUGCGCUCGGUGUCCCACUACAAGGAGGGCGAAACCCAGCCACCGUCGGCAUACACCAUCACGGAACCGGUGGUGUUUACGAUCGACAUCGAAACCCGCUCACCGACCGGCGAGUGGAAAGCGUUCGAAGCGUCCGACGUGCAGCUCGAAUUCGUCCGGAUCGACCCGUUCGUGCGGACGACCCUGGUACCGGUCGGGGGCGGGCGCUACGAGGCACGGUUCCGCAUUCCGGACGUGUACGGGGUGUACCAGUUUAAGGUGAACUACGAUCGCAUCGGGUACACGCAGCUCUACUCGACCACCCAAGUGUCCGUGCGACCGCUCACUCACACCGAGUACGAACGGUUCAUCCCCAGCGCCUAUCCGUACUACGCCAGCGCAUUCUCGAUGAUGGUCGGCAUGUUCCUGUUUUCCUUCCUCUUCCUGCACUUCAAGGACGAGGGCAAGGUCUCGGGCGGCGCCCGAUCUGCCGCUGCCGGCGACAAGAAGGCACAGUAGACCACGUCGUGGUCAGAACAAAAGAACAAUUAAAGAAACUCAAUAAAACGCCCAACAUUUUCUCAUUCAACCCCGGAAUGGGUUGGU